GGAAGCUGGCGGUUGAAAGCCAUUCAUUUGACUUCUCGAAACAUUUUAUGUUCUCUCUUGUGUUAACAUGUAAAAGCAUAUCUUAAAAAAAUACAAACUGAUUUUUGAAAGGCAAUAUAAUAUUAAUGUGGUGCUUCAGAGCGACGCCAAGGAAAAGAAGGCUAAGGCAAAGAAAGUGGCUCCUGCCCCUUCCCUGGCAAGGAGCCAAGAAAGCGGUGAACCCCCUGGUUGAGAAGAAGCCCAAGAACUUUGUACAGCAAAUCCUUUCUUCAGGGCAGGACAUUCAGCCCAAGCGUGACCUGACACGAUUUGUGAAAUGGCCUCGCUACAUCCGUCUACAGCGUCAGCGAUCCAUCCUGUAUAAGCAUCUAAAAGUGCCCCCCUCCAUCAACCAGUUCAAUCAGACUCUGGAUCGACAGACUGGUGUGAACACAGUGACAACCCUGGUUGAAGGCAAGAAUGCACAGCUGGUAGCCAUUGUCCAUGAUGUGGAUCCCUUGCAGCUGGUGGUGUUCCUGCCUUCCCUUUGCCACAAAAUGGGUGUCCCUUACGGCAUUGUUAAAGGGAAGGCCAGACUUGGCUGUCUUGUUCACAGGAAAACCUGUGCGUCAGUUGACUUCACACAGAUCGCUUUUGAGGACAAAGGUGCCCUGGCUAAGCUGGUAGAAUCUAUCGAGACAAACUACAAUGAGAUAUGAAGUGAGUUUUUAAACUGGUCUUUGGCAGUGGCUUUACAUAUAUUCUCUGUCUUAUUUUGCUGAUGUUUGACCACUGAUUUGUCUUUCAUAGUAAUGCAGUCUAAUUAAGGCUGUCCUCCUCCGCCCACCAGAUUUGUCAUCAGGGGGGUGGUGGAAUCAUGGGACCCAAGUCCACUGCUUAUAUUGCUAAGCUAGAGAAGGCAAAAGAACUGGCCACCAAAUGUGGAU